AGCCGCACGGCAGCGGCCACGCGGGUCGGCGCUGCCCCGGUGACAUCUGCGUCCCGCUGGCGGGCGGCAGCCGCGCCGCCGCUUUAUGUGCGGGUGUGUUCUAUGUGCUUCGUUCGUCAAAGUUGGUGUGCAUCAUCUGAAUGCUUUUAGAUUAAACCGGUUUCCUGGUGUCUCGGUCCAUGCUUGGUUUCUGGGCGCUGCUGUGAAGCGUUUUCGCCGUGUUAUUCAGCCCCUCUGCUCCUCCUAAUGAAGCUCUCUGGGUAUUUAGUAUCACUCUGGUUGUGCCUUUGCAAGGAAAAAAGGAGGAAUAACUGAAACGAACUCAACUGAUGUAAUAGGAAAAAGAGCUGUGAACUAUGGAGAAGCGGUUUUGGAAAGACUUUAUGCUUGUGGCACUUAAGUAGCUCAAAAUCAAAAUGAUUUGAAAUUAAAUGUGAGUGUACUGGCAAGCAGAGAAAAUGGGUUUUGGCAGAAUUGGUGUGAUUGUAAAAAAACCCAGGAAAAAUCUAUCUUUGUGCCUCUGUUUGGAUAGGAAGAAGUAAAGUGAGAAACCUAAUCUUUGGGUAGUGAAAUGAUAAUGAACACAGUGUAGAAGAGAAACAGUAUUUUCUAUUACAUACGUUGUUGCAUUUGGUAAUUAAGGAGGAUGAAAAGCAACAAUAGAGUUUCAAAGGGUCCUGUAAUUGCUUGGAUCCACCAAAUAUGCUAUGGAACAUUAGAUUACUUCUUCAUGCAGACUUGAAAGGCCUUGGGUUAUCUAGCAAUUCUGGAAACAAUUUUUAAGGAAAUGAUGUCCAGAUAUGUGUAAGUUUCCCUGCACAGUAGACGUUUAAGUUUGACAAAGUUGACACUACAGGAAAUAACACUGCUCUUCUGAUAACAGUUCUACUGGCAUAGUUUCUCUCUGCUGAGAAACUUGUCUCAUGUGCUUUGCUGGGUGCCCCCCAGAAACAGGCUAACAAUAAUGGCAGGUCAUGGGAUAGCUGCUUCCCUCCCAUCCCAGUUUAUUAAAUAAACAUUAUUAAAGAAACAUCCAUUUCUUUAGCCUUCUUAGUCCCCAUGCUUAAGGUAAGAAAACUAGAAUACACAAACCUAAAGAAAGGUACAUAGGUUUAAAAUAGAUCUGUAAGGCUUGUUAUUUUUAGAGGUGUUAAUUUUUCUGAAGCAUUCAUCAGCAUUGUAAUAAAUUUGAGGAAGACAAAUGUCUGUAUUCUUAGACAAAAAUAGUAAAAUUAUCCAGGAGUUGUUAAUCUGGUUACUAGAACUCUUGUUUGGUGAAAUAAUUGUCAGUUGUCAGUUGUCCACACAGUGGAUCUUAUGGAAAGGUAAAUGUGAUACGUAAUAAUUGGCACUUCAUGGCAAUGAAGAUCCUACACGUAAAGCUUAACAAAGCUGUACCUGAGAACUGGUUGGCAGCUUUUUUUUUUUUCUUUUUUUUGCCAUUUUUUCUCCCAGGGGUGGAAUGCCUUUACUAUUGAACAAUGGGAAAAAUACACAUAAAGAUAUCGGAAGUAUUUAAUUUCUGAUGGACAGAGUAGAAUAUUACCAGUCAAAAAUUUAAUGCAUAUUGUUUGGUUAGUGUGCUGUGGGAUACAUGAUGAUGGAGAGAGAGCAGAGAUCUUAGAUUUGGGCCAUCUACAGGCUGUUACUUGCAAAUACUGUGUUGUGUUAGACUUUCUUCCACUGGAACUGGCUGCAACUGGAAUUGCUCAGCUUCAUUUUAAAGUUUGGCUUUCAGGUAAACAUGGCACAACUGUCCUAAUGCUUUAGAAAAUUAUAAGCUUGAUAUUGCUGUUUUAUGGUAAGUGCUAGACUGUCUGUCUUAUUUGGGAAAGUCCAUUUGGAGACUUACCAUGAAAUUAUUAGUGUAGAAACACUCGGGUAAAAGUAAUUCUAAUUUACUGUAAGCUUUUGAAAUAUUGUGAAGGAAACUUGUUUCUUAUGGCAUGUAUGUGCUUUAGAAUCUCAGAGACCAAUGGACUUUGCCCUUUUGCACAGUAACUACGCAGUGUACAGGAAUACUUAGAGCUUCCCACAUGCUGCAUUCCAAAUAUGCUUCAGCUUCUGACUUGCAGAUGUCAUCAUAUAAGAGGAGCAGAAUUUUCAAGGGGCAAAAAUCUUGACUGAGUCUACAGAGACUACAAAACUGGAUGUCAGCUACAGCGGUCCUGCCCUCAUUUGGAUGCUUGCUUGGGGUCCAGACAUGCAUCAGUUAGUGGCUUUCAGUUUCUGAACUCUGGAACUCUGGGAUAUUUCCUCAGUGUCUCCCAAAGUUAAUGAAGAAAAACAGCCUGUUGCCAAUAAGCUCAAUUUCCAAUAUAUUAAGAGCCCAUGGAUUAAGAGAAGUUGAAAACUUCAAAAGUGGUACUGUUGUCUGGCGAAAAGCCCUUUCCACGUUUUAAAAACUUGAUUGUAGUUGAGGUUGUCAGGAAUGUGCCUGCCCGGCUUGAGUAUUUUGUAUAAAUGUAACAUAAUUUUGAUUUUGAGGAGAAAAAAGACAAAAUACUUUGCUAAUUAUUUUAGCUAUACUUGUGAACCAGAGAAGAUGGGUAAGUUUAAAAUUCCUUUUAAAAACCUCUCAGCAUCUCUGUUAGUCUUUGGGCAUUUUUAUUUAGCCACCAGUGACCUUCUUAAAAUUAACAAGCAAUGUUUGUUAAAUUCCAGGACUACAAUUCUGUAAAUCUUAUCCUUGGAUGAACGAGAAUUGGCUUAAUGGUCUGUUUGCUUCACCCUGUUCAGCUCUAAAAAUUAUAAUGAAGAAAUCUGUCUGAAGAGAGAUAAAUCUGGAAGUAUUUUAUAAGUACUCCUUGGAGUACAGAUUCAACUGAAAAGAAAGCCUUUUGCAAUUUGAUUCUGCUGCUGUUAAUGUGAAUGAAGGAGUCACCUCACUUCUUCUGAUGUAGACAGCACUGGCAAGAGAGAAAAGGGAACAAUAUGUGACUAAAAUUUCUGAAUACAAUUUGAGAUUCACUUAGUAACAGCAAUUGCAAAGAGGUAUCCUAAAGUUGAACCUUGUUUGAAUUAUCUCUUUAGUUUCUAGUUAGCUCUUUUCCCAUCUCUUAUCGCCUAGAAUUUAGGUUACUGGUGACCCAUUUUUUCAAUAGAGAGCCAUUACUUUUCUCUUCUGCUUGUUUUCUUUUUUUUUUUUUUUUUAAAUCAGGAUGUGGCAUUUGUAGGAGGGAAAAUUGCGCUGACUUAACAUAAUUAUGACUUUGUAUGUGUGAAAGCUUUCUGCAACCAGACUUGCACUGGGAUAGCUCCAGACUCUUGUUUUGUUGAUGAGGCACAGCUGAGUGAUCUCCAAAAUAAAACUGUGUUGUAAUUGGGUCAUGGGAUGAAUUCUGUUCUAAGUGGAUUUGCUGAUAUGCCUGGAGAUGUCGCCUUAGACUACUGCAAGAACAUUUACGCCAACUCUUAGUGCUCUUUAAAACACACUCUGUGGGAUGUUUGAACUCUUAACUGCCUGUGUUCUUGCUUUAGGAGCCUGGGUGCUUCUACAUUCCUUUCUGACUUUGCAUUCUUAUAUGAUAUCUGAGGCAAAAAGGGCAAGAACUAAAAUCUAGCAGUGAUAUCUUGCUAAGUCACCUAGUUUGAGAUCAAAAUGACAUUUUGCUCUUCCUGUCUCUUUAAUGGCUUUGCCUUUCAAUUUUUCUAAAGUUAAAAAAAUUCUGGACAGGGAAUAAAUGUCUACAAUCAGUUCUAAAGUGUCAGUUCAGAAAAUUUAAUGUACCUUUGCUUAUUUUUAGUUUGAAAUACUAUUACACAAGUACAAUUCAUCUUGUCAAGUGUGAUGCACUUAUUUUCAGGGAAUUUUGUUACCUGGUCUGGGUUAAGCACAGCACGUGCUAUUUAACUGCUGCCUUUAUUGCUAGGAGAUAGUAAUGGCUGCUCUACAUUUCACUGGCAUCCUGUUGUAAUGAGGUAAAACAUCGGCAGAAGUGACAGGCAAGGUUUAAUAAUUCACAAACAGAAGGUCACAGGAGACAGAAUUCCAACCCCCUGGGGAUCUUGCUUUCCGCUUUCCUUGGGCUGAGGUGUUUCUAUAAGUGAAAUGACCACGGGGAUUUGAAGCAUGUAGUUGAGAGGACAUUAAAUAGAAAGGUGAAAUUCUGCUUGUGGAAUAAAUUUCUCUUUCUUUUCCUUAGCAGAAACCUAAGUUUCAUUAGGUUCAACUGAAUAAACCUGAAGCAUAGUUCUCUGCAGUUGCAGUGGUGGUAAGGAGCUGAAAAGUCCUGAAUCAUGGAGUCCUGAGCUGUGAACUCUUGAAGGAAUGUGCCUAACAGGAGGUUCCUUGUCUCCCUUUUCUUGAAAGAAUUAUAAUAAAAACCCAGUUGAAACCCCCUGUUUGGCUACACACUUAAAAUAUAAGUUUAUGUGCAUAUUCAUAUGAUUGUGUUUUUUUGUGCCACCCUCUCAGCAUUAUUAUGGCUUUGGUUAAUGGCUUGUGUGGAUUUCUGGCUUUUCUUGGCCUUCCUUCCAGGAGAAGAUACUGGUUUUGCUUUAGGUUUGCAGAAAUGAAUUUAUUUGAGAAUUGUGGCUAAGGAAAACAAUCUCCUUUCUGUUCUCCCAACCUAGUAUAGCAGAGAAUGGCAGAGGCUUUUGUUUGCACUCUGCUUUAUAGUCCAAAUAGAAGUCAUACUAGCUUCUGUCCAGAGAGUGCUGAUUUGUUUUCCUUGCUCUGUUCCCUUGUUCCAAGUAAGAGGAGCUAAUCUUUGGUACUUGAUAAGGCACUUUUUGAAUGGUGUGUAAAACACUAAGCAAUACAGUAGCCAAAAUAGUUCUGAGCUCAGUAUGUAACCUUUUCAUCAUGCUUUUAUUCCUGUGGCAUUUUCUUGCAACAACCUAUAUUUUUUAUUGUCGUCUAGUUUGUGCUCUCACACUUGGGAUCUAUACUUGUUACCUGUAGAACCCAACCAGACAGAAUCACAGAGGCUGAAAGGGGCUUCUUGAGAUGAUCUGGAGCAACCCUGCUGCCUAACCCUGGCUGGAGCAUAUUGCACAGAAUGAUGUCCAGUUGGGUUUUGAAUAUCUCCAAAGACGGAGACUCUACAAUCUUCCUGAGCAACCUGUUCCAAUAUUUGACCGCUUUGUCUGGAAAAUUUUUUCUUGGUGUUGGGUAGAAUUUCAUGUGUUUUAGUUUGUGUAUAUUGCCUCUUGUACUGUCAGUAGGCACUGCUGGCUUUAUUUGCUUUACACCUUUCUAUCAGGUAUUUAUACACAUGGAUAAGUUACCUCCUGAGUCUUCACUUCUCCAGGCCCAGUUCUCUCAGCCUCGCCUCACGUAGAACAUACUCUGGUCCCUUGAGCACCUUUGUGGCCCUUUGCUGGUUUUGCUCCAGUAUGUCCAUCUCUUUCUUGCUCCCAGAGGCCCAGAAGUGGGUGCAGCACCCCGUGUGUGGCUUCACCAGCAGAGGGGUAGUGUCACUCCCUCAGCCUGCUGGCAGUGCUUUCCCUGAUGCAGCCCAGGAUGCUUUGCCUUGAGAGAGUGAAUUGCUGGCUCAUGAUAAACUUGUCCACCAAAACAAUAUUAAUCAAUUUCUGAAAAAAUUAAUCUCAACAAACGGCAUAUGCUUCAUUCUUUGUUUAACCAUAAUUCAACUUUUCUCCUAUGGACCUUUAAUUUCUCAAUAUUCUGUUACUUUACCUUAUUGGGGGUGUGUUUGUGUUGGUGUGUAAUAGUGCAGAGAAUAUCCCACUGAGAUUAUCAUUCUGAGAUGAUAAUUUUAUACUGGGAUUUUGUGCUUCCACAGAUGCCAUUUUGAAACUGAAGGCAGGUGUGAUCUUUGAGUGGUCAUUUUACUUUGCCUGCACAGUUUCAUUUUACCUUACAAAAUCUGGAACAAGUACUGUAAAGAAAAUAGAAGCUUGUGUCUCCUGUACUCAUAAAUCCUUUUUUUUCGAUUGUCUUGGCUGUGGUCAGUCAGUACUAAACUGCAUCAUUGUUUACCUAGUUACAUUUGGCAUGUGAACAGUCCCCCCAAAAUGGAUGCAAGUACGGAAAAUUUAGUGCUGCAAGGAUAGGCUUGCAUAAAAUUCACUCCUUCUGUGGGUUUAGCCAACAAAAAUAAUUAUUAACCUGUUAAUAUUUUAUAGCAAAUAAUAUUUGUAGCAUGUACUCCUCAGAUUAGUUUUGGCUUGAAUUCCCUUUUUCAGCACAGUAUUCCUGUUGCUAUGAGUUGUCGGGGCAGCUGUUUUGCCACAAUAGAGGUGAAACGUAUCCAUAUGCAUUUAGAUACAUGCAAAGAAUAUACAUAUAUUCUUCAGAGCACCAGCCUUUUCAGGUUUGGUUGUUUGGGGUUUUUUUCUUGGAAGAGGGUGGUUAGCAUAGAAGGGCAGAUGGUGGGUGUUUUGAUUUCGGUAUUUUUGACAUGCUUCUGAUCUGUGUGGCUUUAAAGAAAAACACCUGAUAAUUUCACAUUAAAAUUCCAUUUUUAAGCCUGCAGGUAGGUAGAAGCAGAAGUUUUAAAUUACUAGCUUGCUGUUUGGUUUCUGUAGGAUCUUCUUUGAGUUGUCAGUUGUUCAGAUAGUUGGUACAAGUUAUUGGCAGGAAUAUGUAGUGGUUUCAGGUAUAUUUUGACACUAAGUAGGACAUGCAGAUCUUAUGCUUGUCUCUAAUUGCUCCCUUAAUCCACACUGGUCUGGAGCUGAGUUUAUUGUUCUUAUUGGUCCAUUUUAUACUUACUUUCAAAUAUUCUGAGAUAAAUCUUACUCAAUCUGCAUUAUGUGGGGGCAUAGUUUCUAUACUAAAGCAAAUCCAACACAGUUGUUUAUUCAUUCAUUCAGAAUUGCUUCCAAAAUUAGGUGUUCAUUCUUUCCAUGCCAUUGUUCUCAUAAUAUAUUCUAGGUGAAAAACUUCUCAAACAAAUUUUGUGAACACUUUCUCUAAACAGUAUUCUAUUGGCAUUAGUGCUUUUGAGGUGCAGAGGGAUCAAAGCUCAAACUGAUUUUACUUAUUUCUGUAAAAAAGGCAGAUGCACUAAAACUUGCCUUUAUUGAAGUAUCACCUGCUUAAAAAUAAUUUAAUGAAAUGCUAAUGCAACUUCAGCAGUGUCACUUAGAAAUAGGUGUGGGAUUUUAUGGCUGACUUCCAGCAGAUCAGUUUACUUUGGAAGACUUACUGCUUAUUAAUUAUGAAGGAAAGAAUAUCCUGUGUUUGCCAUAAAAACCCACUUUUCUGCCUUGGGGAAGAAAAGUCACUCUUAUGGGUGGUAUGCUAUGCAUUUUCCUAAAAAUGUGCAAUUACAGCUGUGUCAGAACUCCACCCUUUUGUGGAUUGGAAGGUGCAUUACAGAUAAAUUUUGUUCCUCAACCAGUUUCCAGAGACAGUAUUGUGAUUUUUGUUUGGAAUCUAUCUUUUGGAAGAUAAGAAUCCUUCUUCAACUAAUGUUUUUUUCUGCAGCUUCUGUUUUAUUUCAUAGCUGUAGUUCAGAUGAGAAUAAUCCACAGAAAAGUUUAUUGGAGGGUUAAGAGUCAAAACACUUUCACACCAGCAGACUCAACAUUUCUUACUGAAGUUGCUUUUACUUGGAUUUCUACAGCUAAAAAUAAAAUCCAGUGGAUGAAGAUGUGGGCCACAAGCCAAAUUCUUCUCAUCCCCUGUUUUUUAAAUUCUGGGAGUAUUGCUCAGAGAUAUAACUGCAGCUACCACGUUAAUCAACUGUCCUGCAAAGGAAGAAGAAAUUACAUGAGCUUUGUAAGACUCUUGAUGGAAGCAGUCCUGUGUAGAGUGAGAAAUGGAGCACAAGAUAUUGGGAAAGUGGGAAGAUUUGUGGACCAAAAUGGUGUUAUUGUGCCUUGGAGCUCCUUUAAAAGGAGUAGAGCAAUGGAAACAACUGAAAAUUUAAGGAUCUUGAUUAUUAAUAUAUAGAUUCAUAUUCCUACUGGUAUCCAAAGAUUGUGUUUAUUGAAAGAAUUUCUGUGACAGACUGAUACAAAAAUAUCAAGCUUUUUUGUAACAAGGCACGGUAAACUCAAGAUCCAUUUUACUUUAAAAUUAUCUGGAAGUUUCUGCUGGACACUUUGCCUGAAUCUCUCUGCCAAACUAUGGACUAUCUGAAAUUUUAGUACCUUCCCUAGAGCUGUGCACAAAUAGGUAGUAAUUCCUCAGUUUCUCUCACCAAUAACUGAGUGCAUGUACACUGCUGAUACGUACUGUAAAGAUGCUUAGGACAGUUCAAAGCCAAACAAGCUGUCUUUCCUUCUCUUGGGUCAGAUUUUCAUUUAAGGUUUGAGUGGGGUUUGCUUCUGUCAGCUAGUUUGACCUUCCUCCUAAAAGAGGCAGCCACUUUUUCUUUACCAAACCUUUAACUACUUGAAUUGCAGGAUAGAUUUAGCUCACUGGGAAGACUUUAAACCUGCAAGUCUUUGCUGCUGUUUGUUUAGGAGGAGAAACUGAGUAUAGUAUUUCUUUAGUGGAAUAUAAGGAAUGUACAUUUUAUUGAAUGCAGGGAAAACUAUCAUGGUGUUUUCCUUUGUUUAACAUAUUUCAAAUCUGUCUUUCCAGUAAAUUCUCAGUCACGUGGAACAUUUUGUCUCUAUAGGGUGCUCUUUCGUGUUGCUUUUCUUACUUUCUCUGCUUAUUGCCUCUCAUUCACAGCGGCCAGUCAAUUCCUUUCAAAACUGGUUCAUGAUCCAUGAUAAAGACAAACUUUUUUUUUUCUUUUUGCCUCCUUUUAAUUUCAACAGUCAGUAUAUAAAGGGGAUUUAAUUGAAAUAACUUGAAAGAAGAAUGCUUAGCUCUCCCAACCGGGAUAACCACACCUGAAAUAAGAGGUAAACCACAGCCUUAGUCUACAACAGCAACUUCUAACAUAAAAAUAUUGAAGCUUGAUUAAAAUCUGUUGUUUUCUGUUGAAAAUCCUUAGCUCCAUGAGUUAUCUGAUGGUUAAUUAGUCACAAUGUUAAAUAAAAAAAUAUUUGCAAUCUGAAUUUGUUUAGCUUCAGUUAUUUAUGUCUGGAUUUUGUCUUGUGUACCCUCAAAUCCAUGGAAUCCAAUGGAGUGUACUGAGUUUCUCUUGAAUGAACUGUAGGAUGCAUUGAAAUCUUGCUAAGAGGUGCACUUUCCAAUCCUUGGUCAAUUUGUUCAGGUUUCUGCUGAACACUCUUCAAUUCUUCAGUCCUUUCUCUUGUGUGGACCUUGGACAGAAUGGAAGAACAUUUUUGGGCUGGUGGAUUGCUUUUAUUUUCUACAUUCUGCUUUAAUAUCAGGGUUUUUCCAUUGUUCUCAGAGUUGGAUUAUACUGUGAAUUUGUUUGGCUGAUUCAGUGGUAGUUAUUGGCAAGUGCUUACAACAUAAGUAUUUUAGUUGUGUGUGUCUUUGUUUUUUUCCCAAGUACAGCAUACUCAGAAACAAAGACAAGCUGCAAUGAAAAUAAGAGUGUUACCUCUGCUUAUCCACAGUUUGUAAUGCCAGCAUUUAAUUGAUAUUGAAAAAUAUGUCCAUUCUGAAAGAGCUGCCAAUAGAUGUAGUGUGCCUUUUUUUACAGAAAGGAAAAUAAACCACACAAAAAGGAAGCUUCUGUUACAUAUAUAAAUAUCUGUUAAAUAAUUUGUGGGUUACAUCUUUAUUGUGGUUGUUUGCUAUUCUGAAAAUGGUUAGGAAAGACCAAAUAUAUUUAUAAUAAAUUUGUUGCAUGUUCCUAUUGCAACACUUUAAUUUCUGAUUAUGAAAUGAAAACCAGGCUGAUUCUGAUUUCAGUUGGAAUUUGAGAUGCUACCAGUUAAAAAUAAAACUUUUUGUUCCAUGUAAAUUUGUGCCAGAUCUGUGAACCCCUUUUCAUCUUGCUAUCUUCUUCCAUGCUUUAUUAAAUAUUAUUUAAGGUGCUUCCUCACUCUCAUUUUUAUUCUGUAUCCAGCACUAUCAUUAGUCUUUCCUUGUAUGUUCUGUUCUGGGUAAUCUCUCCUUUCUCUGUGGCACAUGUCUGUUACCUGUCAUGCAGCUUCAGUAGGAUUGCAGGUGGAUUCUGGUAAAUGUUGCAGUUGUGUCUGUGGGCAGGAUCGCAUGUAGGCUGCUGUGCUGCAGUGGUUGGGAGGAGGACAUUGAUACAGACUGCUUGAAAAUUUUCAUUUCUUAUUUAUCAAGCGUAAAUGGGCAACUGGUUUGGUGGUCGUGAUUUUUUCCCCCUGUUUUUAACUGUGAUGUUGUAGCUAUGGAAAUUCUGCUUAUUUUUCCUGUUCCUGAUGGAUAUUUACUUUUUCUUAUUGCACAUAGACCCUUCAAGCAGCAAAGCAAAGGGCACAGUUGUUUGGUGUGGGCAUGUCUGAUGAGCACUGAUGUGUGUUGUCAGUCCAGCUGAAGGAGGAUUCCUGUUUGGAGCCUGCAGCUGGAUUAGCACACCACUUACAUUCCUUAGUGGUGAGCUGUGGGAAUGACUCUGGCACAGCGUUUUCCUGAAGAGACUCAAGUUGCUUGGGGAUACAUUUUCUGCUAGGAAAAGCAACAAAACCGCAGAUAGCAGCUUAUAUCUACACAGGACACCUUUGUGUCCAUCAGAACAUGUCUGUAAGUCUGCUGUUGAUCUCAGCAUCUUUGAGGAUGAAAGCAUGAAACUACGACAGCUGAAACUGCAGAAUCAGAGAGCCCUUCUAGAGAAGAAGCAGAGGAAGAAACGUCUCGAUCCAUUGAUGGUGCAGCCAAAUCCUGAGGCCAAGCCACGCAGGUCAAAGCCCAAAGGGUGCGAGGAGCAGACUCCUUUAGUAGAAACUCCUACCCCUGUCUACAGUGAUGUUGUUUUACAUGGCAUUGAUGGACCAGCUGCUUUCCUGAAAUCAGAAGUACAGGAUUUGGGGACCAAGCUCCAAACUCUCUCUGUUGGAUCUACCAAACCAGAAGACAGUGCAGAUAAGGAAAAUGAUGGAGCGGCUGUAACAGACACAGCAAGCAAGCCAGAUCUGCAAGAAAUAUUACAGAAACGAGGAAUUUCAGGCAGUUUGAAUUUUGAUGAGGAGGACACAGAAGAGGAAGAAGCUAGUAAAAGACCAGUAUCUCAUUCACCAUACCCUGAAUCUGAGAGGCCUAGUUCUGCAUCCAGCGAGAAGUCUUUUGCAGAAACAGGUGCUUCCUGUAGUCCAUCCCCUCAGGCAGAUGCACAGCUGGGAGUAGAGAACUUGGAGGAUUUUGCAUUGCGCCCUGCACCCCGUGGAAUUAGUGUCAAAUGUCGAAUCACUAGAGAUAAAAAGGGAAUGGACCGAGGGCUCUUCCCUACUUACUACAUGCAUCUGGAAAGAGAUGACAACAAAAAGACAUUCCUUCUUGCAGGAAGAAAAAGAAAGAAGAGCAAAACAUCCAAUUACCUCAUAUCAGUUGAUCCAACUGAUUUAUCUCGGAAAGGGGAAAGUUUCAUUGGAAAACUCAGGUCAAACCUCAUGGGAACCAAAUUUACAGUCUAUGACCAUGGUGUUAACCCAGUCAAGGCACAAAGUCUAGUGGAAAAGGCUCAUACAAGACAGGAGCUUGCAGCUAUUUGUUAUGAAACUAAUAUCUUAGGAUUUAAGGGUCCCAGAAAAAUGUCUGUGAUCAUUCCAGGAAUGAACAUGAAUCAUAAGCGAAUUCCAAUCCGUCCACGAAAUGAGCAUGAGGGUCUGCUGUCAAAAUGGCAAAACAAAAAUUUAGAGAACCUCAUUGAAUUGCACAACAAGGCUCCAGUCUGGAAUGAUGAUACUCAAUCCUAUGUUUUGAACUUCCAUGGGAGGGUCACUCAGGCCUCAGUGAAGAACUUCCAGAUUGUCCAUGACAAUGACCCUGACUACAUCGUGAUGCAGUUUGGUCGUGUAGCAGAAGAUGUGUUCACUCUGGACUAUAAUUACCCUCUUUGUGCUCUUCAGGCCUUUGCUAUUGGACUCUCCAGCUUUGACAGUAAAUUAGUCUGUGAGUGAGAGCAACAGACAUGAAACAUGGAACUCAAUCCCACCCCUACAUCUUGUAAGAGUUGCAGGUGUAGCAAUGAAGAGCAUAUUGGAAGGGAAAUGGAGGACAGACUUCUGCAGGCUAUUAGAAAACCAAUUCCAGCCUUCAGAGCAUUGUGGGAGUUGACAGCAGACUACCUUGGGAGCAGCCUCUGCAUGAACUGUGGGAGACCAAGAAAUCUAGGUGAUGUUUCUGUCAGUGGUGUUGAUUCUGCUCUUAGAAUUCUUGUUUACAGAUGCUGCAUGGGAGUGGGCCAAGCCCACUUAUUGGAACUCCUUGCAACUAGGAUUAGAAAAAUAAUGGCUAACUGUUCAUUUACCUUGAAGCUUCUAGAAAGCCUGGGAGAUGAUACUAAUCAAGAGUUCCUAAUCAGAUGAACUCAGAAAAAAAAGAGAACAGCUGGAAUUGGCUGUAAUACAACACUUUUACUCCGUGGAAUGAUUGUCUGCUAAGACUGAUACUCCAUUUCCCUUUCAGUAUUCUAAUUUCUCUCUAUCCCUUGACAGUCUUUUUUACCAAAUGAAGAACAAUCAAAUCUCAAACACUCGCUUUUCAGUGGCUGACAUUAUAUUCAUUGCUACUCUGUUACUUCUAACCAUGUGAAAAAUGAGACUGAAUAGAUGACAGAAUCUGGCUGAAUUUGGCAGAAGAUGGUAUUGUAACAACAUACACUACCACUUCUGAAAAGCAGUGUUCUGAUUGGUAGAAUCUAGACUGUAAACUGCUGAGAAUUUUUUUAAAUUAUGCCAUUGUUCAUGAAAUUUGUUACAUUUUAGGUAUAAGUUUGUGACCAAUUUCAUUUUUUUAGUGUGAGAUUAUCUCAAGGCAUGACAUAGUAAAGUAGAUUUUGUAUAAACAAUUUUAACCUGCCUAUAAGAAGGAGUUACCUCAAAAAGAGAUUACAGGUAUUUUCAAAGGCAUCAGUAAGUUUAAUGUAAUUGUACCACAAGGCUUUGCAAUGUGUCCUUCCAAUGUUCCUUUUUUAAUACUGGAUGUACAGUAUGGAGACUGUGUCACAGCAUGGAACACUUGAUUCAUGUGGCCUUAACUCACCAGAGUGGAUUGCAGCACGGUGUGGCCUGGAGGCCUCAGUGCACACAUCUUCUGUGAACUGAAGCACAGAACAAUUACUGUUUUGCCUGCUUCUUGCCUAUUACCUAUAUUCACAAUGGUUUGGAGAAGUCUGUCCGUCUACUGAGACAAGAAUUAGGUGUUCUCCAGCUUUGGAUAUUGUCCUUGUCAGCAGACUUAACUCUGUUUCAACCUGCAAAGAGCAGAUAUAUUGCUUUUGGUCUCUGGAGUCUUUGCAGCAGUAAAUAUCAAUUGUGCUUUCAAAUUAACAAAACUUUGUGAAGACGUUUUCUGAUAUUGCCAGAAAGAAUAAUGAUUGUAAUCACAAAGUAAAUGCUGUAUGUAACUGUCAAAUAAUGAACUGAGGCUGAGAAGUCCAGCUCUUGUAUCUUUCAGAUGAGCAUUUUUCAGUAGCUGCUGAGAUGUUUCCUUGAGAUGAUCUUAUCAGAAAAGCAGUCUGUGAAGAGAACUUGAAUACUGAUGGGUCUGUUUUGUGCCUUCCUGAUCAUCAGGCUGAGGAUGACACCUGGCAGUGCUUUCCAACUGUGCUCUUCUAAAGUCUUGGCUGAUGGUUCUGCAUUCCCUCUGCCCUUCCAGGAAAGGAAGUCGGUUUGUGUACCUGUCUGAUUAUUCUUUUGACUAGGAAUGUGUGAAAGAAACUGCCUUAUGUUAUUUUGGGGUGACCUGAAGUUAGGAUGCUAAUUUCUGAUUCAAGAUGAUUUUCUGUGUGCCCAGAAAGCAUCCUUUUACUUAAUUAGCCUUGUCAGCAGUGACUCUUCAAGCUAUUUCUCAACAUCAAAUGAUCAUGUCACAGCCCCUCAGUCAAAUUAUGGAGACAGAUGAACUGAUUCAGUCAUCUUUAUCAGAUACUGUUUUACAUUAAUUGUAUUUAUAACUUUUAUAUCUAAAUGAAAAUAAACUAAUUUAUAUAUUGAAAAGCC